AUGGUAGAUAAUAAUGAUCAUUUUCCGUCCCAUGAUUUUGAUGUUGAUAAAAUCGUGAGUACUGUUGUUAAAAGUUUAUUAUCAAAUGAAGAAUUCGUGAAAAACUUGGUCUCGUCUGUUGUAAACGAUUUGAAAAAUACUGUUAAAGAGGCAAUAGUUCCAUUGCAAGAUGCUAGUAAAAAACAGCAGGUGGUUAUGGAUAAUCAUGAAAUUCUGAUUAAAAGAUUAGAAACAGAUGUAUUCCAAUCAAAAUUAUUGAUGAAAACCUUAGAAAUAAAUAUAAAUGAGCUUAAGAAAUUAAGCUCUACCGUUGUUAAUUUAAAUGAAAAAUAUAAUCACAUUGAACAAUAUAGCAGACGUGAAAAUAUACGUAUUCACAAUUAUCCUGAAACAAAGGAAGAAGAUGUUUUAGGCAUUGUUAUGGGAUUGGCUAAUGAUAUGCAGGUUAAUAUUAAUGAAUACGAUAUUUCUGUUUGCCAUCGCACUGGUAAAUCUAAAGAUGGGAAACCGCGUCAGUUAAUUGUGAAAUUCUGUUCAA